UAGUGCACAAAGGACAUUCUGCUGAACGUUACUGAUAAAAGGUUGGCCAUAGGUUUCCCCGCCCUUCUCUCUCAUUUCUUCAGAGCAUUUGCUUAGACAAGCCCCUCCUAUCAUGCCAACUGAAGACAUUUUAUUGGAAACACGAACUUCCUUUUUCUCACUCGAGUUUUUCCUUUCACCACAAGAGUGUUGAUCAGUUUCAGCCUGCAGCCAAGAACUGAACAAGCACAGAAGCAGAAAAUGGCACUUAGCAAAGACCGUGGCAUUACAAUGAAUGAUGGGAACAAAAUCCCCAUAUUGGGUUUUGGAACAUAUACUCCGGACACUAUUCAAAAAAGUAAGUGUGAGGAGGCUACAAAGACAGCAAUAGAAGUCGGCUUCCGUCAUAUAGAUGGCGCAUAUGUAUACCAGACUGAGGAGGAAGUUGGGCGGGCCAUUCAUGCAAAGAUUUCAGAUGGAACAGUCAAAAGGGAAGACAUUUUCUACACUGGAAAGCUUUGGAGUACCUUCCACCACCCUGAGCUGGUUCGAAAAUGCUUAGAAGAAUCGCUGAAGAAACUCCAGUUUGACUACAUGGAUCUGUUCAUAAUUCACAAUCCGUAUUCUAUGAAGCCUGGACCAGAUUUACUUCCCAUGGGAGAAGACAAAAAAAUUAUUUUUAACAACGUAGAUCUUCGGCAGACAUGGGAGGCAAUGGAGGCGUGCAAAGAUGCCGGCUUGGUGAGGUCCAUCGGAGUGUCCAACUUCACCCGUAAGCAGCUGGAAAUGAUCCUGAACAAGCCAGGAUUGAAAUACAAGCCAGUGAUAAACCAGGUUGAAUGCCAUCCUUAUCGGAACCAAAGCAAGAUGCUGGCCUUCUGCAAGUCAAACAAUAUCGCCCUGGAAGGAUAUAGUGUCCUGGGAUCCCAAAGAGACCCAAAAUGGAUAGAUCAAAACACUCCUGUGCUGCUUGAAGACCCUCUGUUAGUUGCGAUCGCCAAGAAGUACAACAAAACCCCAGCUCUCGUGGCUAUUCGCUACCAACUGCAGCGUGGCCUGGUGGUCCUGGUGAAGACCUACACCAGAAAGCGAAUUGAGGAAAAUGCCCAGGCAUUUACUUUCCAGCUCUCUGAGGAAGAUAUGAAAUCCAUUGAUGGUCUUCACAAAAGCAUGAGCUUUUUAAAAGCGGAAAUAUUUGCUGGUCACCCACAAUAUUAUCCACCAGAUGUGGAAUAAGGACCCGUCCCCCAUCUCCAAUUUAUCCCCUUCUGAACCUGGGUCCUUUUGCAUGGAAAACAUUGUUCUAACUAGGGGUGGGCAAAUCUGUCAGUAUCAAUUCCUCCCAGCAACCCAGCAUCUCAUUUUCCACACUUCAGUUCCUCACAUCUCCACAUCAGUUUGGGAAUUUUGAAAAUCUCUUGAAAAUUCAUCAUUGCAAAUUUCUCCUACCAUCCACAGUUUUCUUUGCACUUUUGGCUAAACUAAAGCAUGUAUUCUGUAACUGAACAACUGCAUCACAAAAUUCAGAGAAUUGCCACUUUCUUUUGGAUAACUGCAUUUCGAUUUGCAUAUUGGUUCAAGAAGUGUAAGCUGUGUAGUUUGUCAUUAAAAUGUGGAAAAAAUUGAACUCCUCCUC